AUGUCAUAUUCGAAGGGCACCACACCAAAGAGUAGUCAACCUCAAUCAUUUUUAUAUGAUAAGCCAGCAUAUAGAACAUUUAAAAUCGCACAUCAGCGAGUCUCAUUAGAAGUGGAUUUAGCAAAUCAUUCUAUUAGAGGUGUAACAGAUAUAAUCCUGAUACCUUUAAUUCAAAAUUUGGAAUAUAUCACAUUAGAUUGUAAAAAUAUUAGAAUCAAUCAAGUGUUUGUAGAAGGUAAGAAUUGUGAAAAUUAUAUUCAUGACGAUCCUAUACGGUCUUUAACACAAAAAUAUACUUCAACGCUACCCAAUUCACAAGAUAUCUUAUAUAAUCAUAAUUCUGUUGAGCAAUCGCAUUUCUUAAGAGAAAAAUUUGCCUCUCUAAAUGAAUUUCCACACGAAUCUACUAAGUCCUUAAUCACCAUAAAAGUUCCAUCAAAUAUCAAAAUAUCACUGCAAGAUGCAAGCACACUAGCGAGUUAUACCCCUAUUACCCCAUCCAUCAGAUCCACACCGGCAUUCCAAGAAACUGUUUAUUCACCUAUCAGUGUUCAAUUGGUUUAUCAAUUGAGUAAUCCUGUCACAGGUUUAAAAUUUGAUACUUUAUCUGAGAACAAACAUCUUUGGAAUUGUUAUACUACGAAUUCAGAAUUAUGUGAAACAGCCUCUCAUUGGAUGCCAUGUGUAAAUCUUUUUGAUGAAAAAUCCACUUGGGAAAUAGAAUUCAUUGUCCCUAGAAAAAUAAAAGAUAUUGACCCUUCAGAUCAAGAACAAAGCAAUCAUAAUAAUAAUAUAGAAGUUGGCAUCUCCGAUGAGGGAAAUAGUAAAGAAAAAGAUGGAGAUGGAGAUAUUGAUAUGAUUUCAAAGGAAAGCGUAGGAAAUCUAAANCAGUUAGAUAUGGAAAUUAACAACAGCAGUAAUACAAUACCGAUAACUUCACAAGAUCGGCAACCAGAAAUUAAAUCUGAAAAUGAUGAAGCAACAUCCACAGGGAAAAUAAACGAACCUGUAGAUGUUAAAACUUCUAUCACAAAUGAUGAUAAAACUUCAAUCACUAAUGAUGAAAAAACUCCAGUCACAAAUAAUGAUAAAGCUACUAUCACUAAUGAUGCUAAUGAUGAAGAUUAUGAAAUAGAUAUGGAGGAUGAAGAUAUUGACGAGGAUGAUGAGGAGGAGGAAGAGGAUGAUGAAGACAAUGAAUAUGAAGAUAAUGACUCAACAAAUCCUUAUUUUAGAGACAUUCAUGUAGUUUGUUCGGAAUUUUCAACCAUGAAAGAAAUAAUAAACCCUGAUGAUCCAACAAAAAAAAUUGUAAGUUUCCAAAUAUUUAAUCCAGUUGCCCCUCAUCAUUUGGGUUGGGCCAUUGGUGCAUUUAAUGUUUGGACUUUGCCAUCAUUAUCUAGUCGUAAAGAACAAGAAUUAUUAGAAAAUGAAUUACUUGAUGAAACAGAAGAAAAUAUUCAAGAAAUAAAUCAUAUUAAUUCAAAUAUCGGUGGUUCAAAUAACGGCACUAAUGAUGACAAUACUAAAACUAAUAGCAGUAAUAUUAAUGGUAAUAAUAAGAAUAAUGAUCUCAAAAGUAAUGUUACUGGUGAUGGUAUCUCAAUUAAUAAUUCUAAUAGAUCUAAAAUCGACCAUAGUAAAAAUGAUAACAGUAAUAGUAAUAAUAAGAACAAUGAUAUUGGUGAUGAUAAGCAUAUCACUAAUGUGAACAAUAUUAAUAAAAACGCUUCCCAAAAUAGCAAGGGUAAUAAAAAUAAGAACAAUGAUCCAUCUGAGUUAUUAGAUGAAUUAGAAACUACAGAUAAAAUACCAAUACAAAUAUAUACUUUACCUACUCAAGAUGUAGAUGAAAGUACGGUAUUAAAUUCUACAAUUGUAUGUCAAAAGAUAAUAGAUUUUUUCUCAAAGGAAUUCGGAUCAUAUCCAUUUACUUCCUAUUGUUUAGUAUUUUUGCCCACUUUAGUAGACACAACAAAUGAUUUUGCAAGUUUAUCCAUAUGUAAUACAAGAUUAUUGUAUCCUACUAAUUUAAUUGAUCCAAUAUUAAAUACAACAAAGCAUUUGACUUGGUCACUAGCAAAUCAGUGGUCAGGUGUAAAUAUUACUCCAUUGGAAUAUAAUGAUAUCUGGUGUUGCAUAGGUAUGGCAGGAUACAUGGUAUUACAGUUUUGGAAAAGGCUGUUGGGUAAUAAUGAAUUUAAAUACCUUUUAAAAACAUCAAGUGAGCAGAUUGUAGAUCAAGAUUGGGAAAAACCACCAAUUGGUAGCUCUUUCACAAAUUCUUCAAGACCAAUAUCAAUAACUGAUAAGGACUUAGAAUUUAUUAAAUUGAAGGCACCCAUGGUAUUACAUAUAUUAGAUCGUAGAAUGACAAAAACUGAACGAUCAUUUGGUAUGUCUCGUGUAUUGCCAAAGAUAUUUUUACAAGCGAUGUCAGGAGAUUUACCAAAUAACUCAUUAUCAGCAUCUCAUUUCAUUCAUGUUUGUGAAAAAGUAAAUAAAAAUAAAUUAGAGGACUUCUUCCAACAAUGGGUUUAUAGUUCUGGUGUACCAAUUUUUCGAAUAACUCAAAAAUUCAAUAAAAAGAGAAUGGUAGUAGAAGUGGGUAUCAGACAAGUGCAAAAUCAAGAAUUAAGUCAAGAUAAAAUUAUUGGUAAGGAUGGCUUUUGUUCAAGCGCUUUGCAUACAUUGCAGGACCAAAAUAGAAAUUUACCGCCAUUUUUUACUGGAUCUAUGACUAUCAGAAUUCAUGAAGCUGAUGGUGCUCCUUAUGAACAUAUCGUUGAAUUGAAAGAAUCUUUUACUAAAUUAGACAUACAAUAUAAUACUAAAUAUAAGAGGACAAAGAUUAAAAAAAUUGUAUCUACAAAAUCCUCAUUGAAUUUGAAAGAUAACGCACCGGAUGAUUACGAAACGGUAGAGAUCUUUAAUGAAAAGGAUAGUGAGGUAAUCAAAAUACAAAAACUAGGUAAUGUUCUAACUUCUCCAAUGGAUUGUUAUAACUGGAAUCUUGUUGAUUUUAAUACAACCACAGAAGCCCAUGAAUAUCAGAAGCAAGCAGACUCGUUCGAAUGGAUUAGAAUUGACUCGGAUUUCGAAUGGAUUUGUAAAAUUAUCAUUAAUCAACCAGAUUACAUGUUUGCAUCACAAUUAAGACAAGAUGGUGAUGUUGAAGCACAAUUAGAAAGUAUUAGAUAUUAUGAAGAUGUUAUCGAACAUUCUUCAACUUCGUCUAAUGUGUAUUCUUCAAUAUUGACUCGUACGAUCAUGGAUUCAAGAUAUUUUUAUGGUGUAAGAAUUGCAGCUUGUAGAGCAUUAUCGAAAUAUAUUUUUAAAGAGAUAGAUCCUGAUAACUUUAGAGGUGGGCCUCUUCAUUUGGUUCGUAUUUUCCAAAAUCUAUUUUGCUUCAAUAAUUCAAACAUUCCAAAAAAUAAUGAUUUUUCUGAUUUUAGAAAUUAUUACCUUAGAAAAGCUAUUCCUUUCUUUCUAUCUAGUGUAAGAGAUGAGCAUGGAAAUUGCCCUUCGUUUAUUAGACAGCUUUUGCUGGAUCUUCUAACAUAUAAUGAAAAUUCAGAAAAUAUAUUUGAUGACACUUAUUAUAUAUGUACCUUAAUAAAAAGUUUGGUUAAUGCUAUGCUAACAGAAGAUCAAGAUAAGGUAUUUAUUAAACACGUUUCUGAACAAUUUCAUAGAUACUACAAUUUGGAAGAAUGGUUACCGACUUAUCAAAAGUUGGUAUUAAAGACGAUUAUUGAAGAGCGAUUUAAGCUAUUAAAUAGAGGUUUGUAUGAUGCUAAAAAUUUUCCAAAUCUUUUAAAAUAUUCAUUAAUAUCGGAAAUUCCUAACACUGAUUUUAAUAUGGUUCGAUUACGAGAAGGUAUGCAAGAUAUUUCGUUAUUAGCGUUUAAAAUUUUAUUAUGUGAAGGAGGUUUAAAAAAUAAAGAAGCUCUGAAAUUCUUUUUUGAAGCUUUUUGUUUUUCACCUGAUAUUUAUGUUAAGGAGAAACUGAUUGAUGUUUUCAUUGAGGCUGUUAAUUUUUUUAAUGAGCAUCAUAGCCCAUAUAGAAGUAUUGAUGAUGAUAUUGAGUAUAUGGUCAAAAGAAUUAACCCAGAUGAUGUUAACAUUGAAGAUGAGGAGGAUAUUAUCUUCCUGAAUGAUGUUGAAAGAGAAAUUCAUUCUACAAAAGAUGGUCAGAAACGAUCACACAUCAGUGGUCUUUUGGCCAUCUUAAGAAAGCAAUUCAGAGAUUACUAUCCAUUAAAGAAAAUGCUUUGGGAAACUCUACACAUGCCAUUACCCUCAUUGUACCAAAAGAAAAAAAUAUUUGAUGUAAUUAGAGUUUUAUACUCAUUGAACUAUACAUUCCAAGUAGUCUUGCCAUUUUCGAGUGAUCGUAAAUUAAUUGCAAAAUCUUUACCUGAUAAUAAAGUGAUGAUAAAGAAAGAAGGCUUAUUAAAAGUUCAUCUACCUCCUAAAUUAAAAAUAACUUUAAAACCAACAAUAAAAUUCUCCAAAUUGAGUUCACAAGCUCCAAUAGGACCAUCAGCUACCUCUACGAUAAUUCCUAGUCCAAAUAAAAUUAAAAUCACAUUAAACAAGCCAGGAUCUGGUAGCGUAAGUACUUCCUCACUUCCUCCUACCUCUGUAACUAUUCCUAAUACCACGACGAUUGACACGGGCAUUGAAUCUAGUGCUGGGCCUGCUAUUUCUGCUCCUACAAAUGCUGCUGUUUCUACUAUCGGGUCAACUCAAAAACCAAAAAAAGGACACGUAUCCAAACCACGCUCUUCCAAGGGGUAUGUAAACAGAGUUGGCUUUCUACCAAUCCGUUUUGUCAAGAUUGGUCCAGGACCACAUGGUAAUAAGAAAGUUGACAUUUCCUCUACACCGUUUAGCAAGAAUGUUCAAAUCAUUAAGGCCAAUACACGAGUUUUUAUGCUUAAGAUUAAGGUUCCGAAGAUAACUACUGAGCAGGAUGGUAAGGUUGCAAGUACAGAGUCUAAAGAUGAUGCAAGUAAUGUUAGAGUGGGAAAAGAAGAUGAUCUAAAAAAGUAA